AUGGAGUUUUCCAGGCAAGAGUACUGGAGUGGGUUGCCAUUUCCUUCUCCAGGGGACCUUCCUGACCCAGGGAUCGAACCCAGGUCUCCCACAUUGCAGGCAGAUGCUUCACUGUCUGAACCACCGGGGAAGCUCGCUCUUUGUGACUCUAUGGACUGUAACCCACCAGGCUUCUUUGCCCCUGGGGAUUCUCCAAGCAAGUAUACUGGAGUGGGUUGCCAUGCCCUCCUCCAGGUAAUCUUCCUGACCCAGGGAUUGAACUUGGGUCUCCUGUGUCUCCUGCAUUGCAGGCGGAUUCUUUACUACCGAGACACCAGGGAAGCCCAGUUUAUUUGCUUAUUUUAUACAUAA